AGCGCGACCCGUCGGGGGUGGGGCCGGGCGCAGCGGCGAGAGGAGGCGAAGGUGGCCGCGGGCAGCGCGGCAGUAGCAGCGCGGCGGGCUCGGACCUGGACCGGAGCGCAUGGCGGCCGCCGGGCAGCUGUGGCUGCUUUACCUGUCGGCGGGGCUCCUUUCCCUGCUCUGCGCCGCCUUCAACUUGGACACCCGCGAGGACUAUGUGAUCCAGAAACUCGGGGACCCCGAGAGCCUCUUCGGCUUCUCACUGGCCAUGCACUGGCAGCUGCAGCCCGAGGACAAGCGGCUGUUGCUAGUGGGAGCCCCCCAGGCCAAAGCCCUUCCACUGCAGAGGGCCAACCGGACAGGAGGCUUGUACAGCUGCGACAUCACCUCCCAAGAGCCAUGCACAAGGAUUGAAUUUGAUAACGAUGCUGACCCUUCGUCGGAAAGCAAGGAAGAUCAAUGGAUGGGUGUCACAGUCCAGAGCCAGGGCCCGGGGGGCAAAGUUGUGACAUGUGCUCACAGAUAUGAAAAAAGGCAACAUGUUAAUACAAAGCAGGAGUCCCGAGACAUCUUUGGAAGGUGUUACGUCCUGAGUCAGAAUCUCAGGAUUGAAGAUGAUAUGGAUGGAGGAGACUGGAGUUUUUGCGAUGGUCGUUUGAGAGGCCAUGAAAAAUUUGGUUCUUGCCAGCAAGGUGUAGCAGCUACUUUUACUAAAGACUUUCAUUACAUUGUGUUUGGAGCCCCGGGUACUUACAACUGGAAAGGGAUUGUUCGCGUAGAGCAAAAGAAUAACACUUUUUUUGACAUGAACAUCUUUGAAGAUGGGCCUUAUGAAGUUGGUGGAGAGAAUAACCAUGACGAAAGUCUAGUUCCUGUUCCUGCCAACAGUUAUUUAGGCUUUUCUCUGGACUCAGGGAAAGGUAUUGUUUCUAAAGAUGACAUCACGUUUGUAUCUGGUGCUCCGAGAGCCAAUCACAGCGGAGCUGUGGUUCUGUUAAAAAGGGACAUGAAGUCUACACAUCUUCUCCCUGAGCACAUAUUUGAUGGGGAAGGUCUGGCCUCUUCGUUUGGCUAUGACGUGGCAGUGGUGGACCUCAACAAAGAUGGGUGGCAAGAUAUAGUUAUUGGAGCCCCACAGUAUUUUGAUAGAGGUGGAGAAGUUGGAGGUGCAGUGUAUGUCUACAUUAACCAGCAAGGCAGGUGGAAUAAUGUCAAGCCAAUUCGUCUCAAUGGAACCAAAGAUUCUAUGUUUGGCAUUGCAGUCAAAAAUAUUGGCGAUAUUAAUCAAGAUGGCUAUCCAGAUAUUGCAGUUGGAGCUCCUUAUGAUGGUAUGGGAAAGGUUUUUAUCUAUCAUGGGUCCGCAAAUGGAAUAAAUACCAAACCAACACAGGUUCUCAAGGGCAGAUCACCUUACUUUGGAUAUUCAAUUGCUGGAAAUAUGGACCUUGAUAGAAAUUCCUACCCUGACGUCGCUGUUGGUUCCCUUUCAGAUUCAGUAACUGUUUUCAGAGCUCGUCCUGUGAUUAAUAUUCAGAAAACCAUCACAGUAACACCUGACAAAAUUGAUCUCAGCAAGAAAAUGUCUUGUGCAGCGCCUAGUGGGAUAUGCCUCAAGGUUAAAGCCUGUUUUGAGUAUACUGCUAAACCCACUGGUUAUAAUCCUUCCAUAGUAAUUGUGGGCACACUCGAAGCUGAAAAGGAAAGAAGGAAAUCUGGGCUGUCGUCAAGAGUUCAGAUUCGAAACCAAGGUUCUGAGCCCAAGUACUCUCAGCAACUCAUUCUGAGUAGGCAGAAGCAGAAGGCGUGCAUGGAUGAGACCCUCUGGCUGCAGGAAAAUAUCAGAGAUAAACUGCGUCCCAUUCCCAUAACUGCUUCAGUAGAGAUCCAAGAGUCUGGCUCUCGGAGACGAGUAAAUUCACUUCCAGAAAUUCCUCCAAUUUUGAAUUCAAAUGAGCCUAAGACAGUCCACGCAGACGUACACUUCUUAAAAGAAGGGUGUGGAAGCGACAAUGUGUGUAAUAGCAACCUUAAACUGGAAUAUAAGUUCUGUACCCGAGAAGGAAGUCAAGACAAAUUUUCUUAUUUACCAAUUCAAAAAGGUGUACCAGAGCUAGUUCUAAAAGAUCAGAAGGAUAUUGCUUUAGAAAUAACAGUGACAAACAGCCCUUCCAAUCCAAGGAAUCCCACAAACGAUGGUGAUGACGCUCAUGAGGCUAAACUCAUCGCAACAUUUCCGGACACCCUGACUUAUUCUGCAUAUAGAGAACUGAGGUCUUUCCCUGAGAAACAGCUGAGUUGUGUUGCCAACCAAAAUGGCUCGCAAGCAGACUGUGAGCUUGGAAAUCCUUUUAAAAGAAAUUCCAACGUGACUUUUUAUUUGAUUUUAAGUACGACAGAGGUCACCUUUGACACCACAGAUCUGGAUAUUAAUCUGAAGUUGGAAACAACAAGCAAUCAAGAUAAUUUGGCCUCAAUUACAGCUAAAGCAAAAGUGGUUAUUGAACUGCUUUUAUCGGUCUCUGGAGUUGCUAAACCUUCUCAGGUGUAUUUUGGAGGUACAGUUGUGGGUGAGCAAGCUAUGAAAUCUGAAGACGAAGUGGGAAGUUUAAUAGAGUAUGAGUUCAGCGUAAUUAACUUAGGCAAACCUCUUAAAAACCUCGGUACAGCAACCCUGAAUAUUCAGUGGCCAAAAGAAAUCAGCAAUGGCAAAUGGUUGCUUUAUUUGGUGAAAGUAGAAUCCAAAGGAUUGGAAAAAAUAGGCUGUGAGCCACCAAGUGAAAUAAACUUCCUGAAGCUAAAGGAAUCUCACAACUCAAGAAAGAAACGGGAAAUUGCCGAAAAACAGAUAGAUGAUAGAAGGAAAUUUUCUUUAUUUGCCGAAAGGAAAUAUCAGACCCUUAACUGCAGUGUGAACGUGAAGUGUGUGAACAUAAAGUGCCCGCUGCAAGGGCUGGACAGCAAGGCCUCUGUGAUUCUGCGCUCGAGGUUAUGGAACAGCACGUUUCUAGAGGAAUAUUCUAAAAUGAACUACUUGGACAUUCUCACGCGGGCUUCCAUUGAUGUGACUGCUGCCGCAGAGAAUAUCAAGCUGCCAAAUGCAGGCACUCAGGUUCGUGUGACUGUAUUUCCCUCCAAGACUGCAGCUCAGUAUUCAGGAGUCUCUUGGUGGAUCAUCCUAGUGGCUAUUCUUGCUGGAAUUUUGAUGCUUGGUCUAUUAGUGUUUUUACUAUGGAAGUGUGGAUUCUUUAAACGCUCGAGGUACGAUGAUAGCGUUCCCCGAUACCAUGCUGUAAGGAUCCGUAAAGAAGAGCGAGAGAUCCAAGAUGAAAAAUAUAAUAAUGAUAACCUUGAAAAAAAGCAGUGGAUCGCAAAGUGGACUGAAAAUGAAAGCUACUCCUAGGGGAACCAAAAAAGCUCCACAGUACCCAAACUGCUUUUUUUUUCCACCCCCCCAACACAAAAAUUCAAAUGGAUUUUAAGGCCCUUCAAUACCUGAAUAUUGGUUGCAGACUGACUACACACAGUACGAACCUACAGUUUUAACUGUGGAUAUUGUUACUUAGCCUAAGGCUCUUGUUUUGCACAGUCAAAUUUAAGACUGUUGGAACGGAUUUUCCUUUCACCGCCUUAAUUUAACUUUCCAGGUUGCCUUUGAUUUGGGUGUGGCUGACUUACAUGUGCUGGGGAGGGGUGGAGCCUGCCCGCUUGUGCUCAGGUGACAUACUCUGGAUGAUGUAGCUGGAGGAAGGCGCCCCUGGUCACCUGGUCACCGUCCCAACCUCCGCAUUGCCUCUGCAAACUUCUUCCCUUAGAAUUGCAGAACCUGCAAGUUAAUUGGCCCACAUGACAAGACUCUGUUGCCAGGGUAGUUGUUUUUCAGUUUAAAUGCUGUCUUAAAUUAAAUGUGCAAUAGAAGGUGAUGUUGCCAUCCUGAUAUCUUUCCAUUUCCUGUGAGUGCUUGCUCACACCAGAGUGCUUAGAAGCUUGAGUCUGUCUUUUCACUAAAACACACAGGUGUAACAGAUUAGAAUGCUAGUUAUACUUAUUUGUAUAUAUUUAGACCAGGUAUUUAUUUUUUAUUUUUACAAACCAUUUUGUUAUCGACAAGCCAAAGAUUCUCCAGUUGACCCUUCAGGUUGGUUUAAGCAAUUAGAAUUAGAACACGAGAGGUCAUUGGUUUGACCUAAAUUAUUUACUGCAAAAGGAAAAUACUAAUUCUUUAUAAAUGUACUAGAGCAUUUUAAUAACUUAAACUUAUCUGUAAAUGAUAACAUCUCCCUCCACAACAGUCCCCACUCCCUUCUUCCAAACCCGGAAGGUUUGUUUAAGAAAUAGGAUUAGCUGUAAGAUAUUUCAUUCUUAUUAGAAAUUGGAUAUUUUGGAAUUCAGAGCCCUGUGUGGAUUUCUGAAUUCCAUACUGUAACUUUCAGGAACUCUCGGAGACAAUGGGUGUGUUCAUUGAACUCCAAGGCAGUUCACUCACUGCUGCAAAUACUGUACAUUCAGGACUUGAAAGAAAUGGUGAGUGCCUACGUGGGUCCAAACCGAUCCCGUAUGUGACUACUGAAUAUCUGAUACCAAAACAGUGAUUCUAGUCAGAUAAAAAACAUUAUGGCUUUUAAGUUUUUAAAUGUUAGAACCAUUUAAUCAGUGAGUCAGUGUUCUGUUUUGUUUCUUAUCCUCCCCUAUCCUAUAAUCCCAAAUUGGCUUUGUGACUACUUUAGUAAGAAAUUGAUUUUUAAUUGUAAAAAUGGAAGAAGAAAAAAAGACAAUUAUUCUAUACAUUCAAUCAAGUUUGAAGAGAUGAAAGCUGAUUUUUUUUAAUUACUGUGCUUCAAAAUGUUAAGUUAUAUGAGGAGUAACAGCAAACAGGUGCUAAUUUAUUUAGACAGUGUAAGCUACGUCUCGAUCUUUUAAAAGAACAAAAUAUAUAGCUGUAUGUGCCACUGUUGCUUUAGAGUUUAAACUGCUUUUCCUUUUCAGAAAUUGUACACCCUCAAGAUACUAAGGCUGUUACUCUGGUUGUACUUUGGAGUUUUCAAUUGAUAUAAAUAGUUACACAAAUGAUAUUUUGUUUACAAAAAUUUCUCCAAAACAGGGCCAUGACAUUACUUAAAAUCUCAGUUUCUUGCUUAGGUAACUCGAAGUCUAAUGCACUGGCUUUGUGGGUUGCUAAGAAGCUGAUAUUUUGACAGUGUUUAUAGACCUUUGUUAUAAAAAUGAAGGUCCUGAGAAGCAGGGAGGUUGGGUGUUUCAACAACAAAGAAACAAAGAGUGUUGUGGCGUUUGAAUUUAGAGUUGUUGAAAUGUCAUCUCAAGUCAAGUCACUGGUCUGUUUGCAUUUGAUACAUUUUUAUACUAACUAGCAUUGUAAAAUUAUUUCAUGGUUAGAACAUACCUGUGGAUAUUUGUAUAAAAGUGUGAAAUAAAUUUUUUUAAGAAAGUGUUCAUUCUAAAUAACACAGCAUUGUAUAUGUGGAAGGAACUCUAAAAUUAUAAACAACAACCUGAAUUGCCUUUCUUUUCAUUUCGCCAAGCCAGACUAAAGUUUGCAUUUAGAGUACCAAGUAGUUUUCCAUGUUUUUAUUACUCUAAGUGUCCCAUAUAAUCUCAGAUCAGCUGAAGAUACUAGUGUGAUGGAGGGAUUUUUUGUUUUAGCUCACGGUUUUUUUUUUUUUGACUCAACUGUUCAAAUCUUUAUAAUAAUGUUCCUUCUUUAUAAGUAAAAGAAAAUGGUCUUAAAGAUGGUUUACUCAAGAAGUCUACCAAUUGGGAGUUGUGUUGCAUUGAUUUAUCUGCUUUAAAGGCUUAUGCCUGUGAAGGACAGGGUAUUGUUUAGCAGUGAUACCGUGACACGAAGAAUCAAAGUUCUUGCGGCUAAGUUGCUUCCUCCUUUAGCACACAUUUUGGAAGUGAGAGCAGUCCAGCUAUGAUCUGUGUCAUUAUACUGAUCACAAGGACUGGUUUGGCAGAAUAACCAGUCAGAAAAUAUUUUCUUCACCAAAAGACUUCAUUUAGAUUUAAGCAGUUUUAUGAAACUUGUCUAGCUGGAUUAUCAUGAUGCAAUAAAAGAAAACGAAGCAUGCAUAGGGCGCCCACACAGACUAGCACGCCCUGGCCUGAAUAAAUUUCCAGUCUAAAAUGUGUUUAUCCAGUAUAGUAGGUAAUCAUUUCCCACUGUAUUCAAUAUUAUAUACUAAGUCUUAGUUUGCUUGGCUCUGUGAAGAUCAGACAGGUACUGCCACCCAAAGAAAUGUGAGUGUACUUUUUAAUGACUUGGGCCAGUGACUGUGAACCUUCUAAAACCAUAGUUCACAUAUCCAGUCUCAUGGAUAUACCCAGAUUUUAACAAAAUCUGAGAAAAUUUUACCAGGAAGGAAAUCACUGCAAUAAGGUAUGAUCAUCAUAACCAUUAAGAGUCUAUCAGGACACAACCAGACACCUCAUGGGAAUUGGCUUCUUGGUUUAGAGGGUUUAGGGUCAUGGUUUCACGGGACAUCCUGGCCUAAUACGAUGUUUAGUGCUUCAGUUGUACUCCCUAGCUUGUUGCGUAGUGCCCAGGCUCUUAAAAGCUUGCAAGCGGACAUCCAAAAUACAACAAUUGGUCUCUAUUCACCUGGAGCAACAGACGAAGAAGGAGAGUCAAGAAUGGGAGGAGGAAAUGGAAUCCUUGGCUAAUUGCCUCCAUGACCAAUUGCCUCCUUUGCCAUGAGACCAGAAGAACUGGAUGGUGCCCGGCUACCAUUACUAAACAUUGUGGUCAAAGAUUGUAUAGAAGAAUCCUGAUCAAAAGGGGGAAAAUGUGGAAGAGAAUUUCAAAUUGUUGUGUAAUCCAUACUUUCUGGAGCCAUUGAAGCUAGAUGAACCCCUGAAACUGUUGCCCUGAGAUAACCUUUAAACUUUAAACCAAAAA